CUUAAAUUCUUACAGCCUUUAUUCUUAUUGAAUGACAACACAAGAACCCAAUCGACGAACUGUGUCGCGAUCGUUCAUCAGCAUCUCACUCAUCACAGCAGCAGUUGUUCGAUGUUAUCUUUCAGCGCCGAAAACGUGAUAGUAAAGAAGAAGGAAUGAAAAUCAUGACAUGGGAAAGAUGAUGAAUCUAUGUUUUCAAGUGCUGAUGGCUAUUCGAUCUUGUCAUUCUCUUGGGGAUCAGAUUCGUUUAGUUGUCCUCGUUUGUUUCUCCACAAAGCUUCAUUCUUCCCAUCCAAUAAGAACCUGGUUUCUAUACUGUUUGUUUUUGAUAAUCAUAAAAGAUCAAAUAAAGGUGUGGUAUAGACAUACAGUAUAUGAUACAAUGUUUGUUAUUUAUCGUCUGACAGCUAAGGCAAGAAUAAAAAAGGAAUAAAGAAACAAUGACUAAACUAAAUGGGCACCAUGGCGAUAUUCUUUUUUUUUUAUUUUUAUUUUUUUUACUUUAGGU